CAUACCAGAAAACUUGUUAACUUUGCUAAGUUUUCAUUUACUGCACUUCAUUCGUUUAACUUACUUGCCAUUCCACGAUAAAUUAGAAACAUUAUGGAUUGUUUUUAUUUAUCCAGUAUCACAAUAUGGAUACUUAUAAUCGUUAUUCACUUGAAUAUAUUAUCAGUAACAUCGAAAUUAGUUUCAAUUCAAAAAGGUGAUCCAACUGAGUGGCGAGAAUAUGGAGAAAAAGCAAACUUUGUGAAAUUUAAUAGCAUAUACACAAUAUCUAUCAAUGAAGAACUGCUAAAUAAUAAUAGAUACAGUUCUGGUCGAUGUGAUAAUUUGAAUCCUUGGAAUCGUAAUUGGGCUGCAUAUUAUUUGAGUUACCCAAAUACUUGUCGAGGGUCAAUUCAUUACUGUUGGUUCAAAGCCAAAACCGAAAAGCGGAAGGCACUCGAAGAAAGACUGGCUGACAUAAAAAAUGCAAGGUAUAUAACUUUGGACGCUUAUUUUAUGAGCUAUCUUUUUACGCAAGAAGAGGAAGUUAAGAACUUGUUGAAUUAUGCUGGUAACGAUUGUUACUGUCUUUGCGAACGUUAUUAUAAUUAUGAAAAUAAUCCGCGUGGUGAUUUGCUUGAUUCCAUUUGUUAUGAUCCAGUUUCAGUUGAUGACGGAUAUGUUGCAACUGGAGUGAGAUUUAAAAGACAUAGUAACAUAGUUUACCUCGAACUUCAACAAGGUAUAUUAUCAGCAGGACGAAUUGAUCCCAAUACUUUAAUGUGGAAAAGUUCGGAUAACUGUAGUUCAGCAGAAAAAGUCGUUUAUAAUCGGCGAAAAUAUCCAACGAGUUCUCCAACCUCUGCCUCAGGAGGGACGUCAAAUUAUGACUCAUUUGAUAUGUUUAUGAGAACAAUAUUUCUUCCUUUAUUUAAGUUGUACCGUGAUCCGGCAGUUAUAUUAGAAGAUAUGACAUUGCCAGAGAGUGCAGUUGUAACAGGAAUUACAUUUGGUAAAUCAUUGCGUGGACGUUAUGUUAAUGAUAAUGGCGAUUUUACUGAAAAUGUAGAUGACAUUGUAAAAGAAAGUCAAUGUUCUGAGAGGGUCCCUGAAUUGACUACUGAUUCAGUAAAUUAUUUGUUACCUACGUCUUUGGUAGGAAGGAAUAACGAACUCAGUAAAUCAUGUGAACAUAAAAUUCAAUUUCAUGGAUCUAAGGAGGGUACUGAUUCCAUACAACAUAUUGUUCCGUAUAUUGAUUUACAAGAAAUCGUUACCGAUCAAAAUGCGCCUAAGCCUCUUCGCGGAAUUGGUUGGUAUUAUCGCAGUCAUCCUGGCUACGGAGGAUUCUUGGCUCUUAAGAUUUUCGAAUAAUUGUAAAUUUCGGCAAAAAAAAAAAAAAAAUAAAUGUCUUCACUUAAUAACAGUAAAAUAAAUAAAUUCAAAUCAACUGAA